UCAAAGCUGGAGGUAUGAGAGUGUCUAAAAAGCAAGAAAAUGGACCUGUUGAGAAAAAUAUUAAACCUCCAGGAAAAGACAAGACAAGUGCUAUUGUCAGCUUUUCAAAAACUCAGAACAAGGAUGCCUUGGUGCCAGAAGUGCUGAGCAAAAUGAGCCACAAAAUUCAUGCAGCAGCAUUGCAAGUGGCUCACCAAAAGCCACGGCCUGCCUUGGAGAAGUUCAUACUGCCUAAAAGAAUUUACAUUAUUCAACAGCCAUGGAAAUGUUAA